AUGGAGCAGGGCACGAAACGAAAGGCGGACGACGCACCAGCCAAUGCCGAAAAGCGGUCCAAGACCAAGAAGCAAUGGCGCGUGCCACGGCGCGGCGAUCCCCCCAAGACGAUUGAGCCUGGCGACAGUGGCGUCUGGGUGACAUGUAGCAAGGGCAAGGAAGGCAAGUGCAUUGGCGAGAUCCUGGACCUCUUCACAGAGUACGCCGAGCGUCUGUACCCUCAAGCUGGCCAGGAACAGGACGGUGCAGAAGCCGACGAGGACGAGGAAGACAUCGAGAAAGCGAUCAAGGCGGAAGUCGACGAUAUCCGCAAGCCGGGAGCUGCUCGGUUGUUCACGCCAGUGAAGAUCAACGUCCAAUGUGUCAUAUUCAUCAAGACCAUCGCGCCGGUUGACCCCGUGGCCUUGGUCAAGACAAUCUGCGAAGAAGCGAUGGAGAAUCGCGCACGUAAGCGUACUCGAUUCGCCCAGCGACUGUCCCCAAUGACUCUCAUGGGCCGAGCAUCAACGGAAGGCCUUGAGCAUGUGGCUCAGGAAGUUCUCGCACCACAGUUUCAUCAAGAACCUUUUCAGAAGCGAACGUUUGCUAUUCGGCCGACUCUCCGUAACCACAACACCUUAACCCGCGACAGCGUGAUUAAACAGGUGGCGUCAAUUGUCGGGCCAGGCCAUCAGGUUGAUUUGAAAAAUUACGAGCUACUGGUCGUCGUGGAAGUCUAUCAGCAUAUCUGCGGUGUCAGCGUGGUUAACGACAGCUUCGAGCGGCUAAAGCGGUACAAUAUUUCGGAGAUUUUCGACCCUACCCCGAAGGACGAGGCGAAGUGA